AUGGAUAGCAAUGAACACCCAAAGGGCUUUAAACCACUUUUGCCGUUUAGUGACUUUUUAGAUCAGAGCAUCAAGGAUAAUUUCAAGAAACGAUUGGUUUCUUAUUCCAACACUGAUGAUAGUAAUGUGAUCAAUCCCUUACAAAAUAGUGAUAACCAAUUAGCAACUGAAAAUUUUGAUCUCUUUUCAAACGACACCCUCGCACUUUUUAAUGAGUUGGAGUCCUUGUGUGCGUACUAUAAGCUAAACGACUGUCUUGAGUUGGUGAACAAAGUACGCGCGGCUGUAAACAAAGAGCUCGAUAGGUGUAUUAUGCGCAUUGAAGAGAACUAUGAGACGAAUUUCAAAAACACAAUUUUACAACCCCAUUCGACUAUUCCCAUCCCCAUGGCAAGCUACACGGAGGCGCAGCUUGAAUUAGGCGACCUUCAGACGAUCUUUUCGCCCUGUACCAUAGGCAUCGAAAGCAAGGAAUUGCAGGAAAGAAAAAACGACCUGUUAAGCCAGUGCCCGAAGGAGUGGCCGACGCUGAUAAAAUUAAAAGUCGUGCAGAACAUCACGUCCCAUUCGGAUCGCCUCCCCACCCCGCUUCCUCGUCGUCUGACGGUGAAAGAGGCGCUUUCGAGCAUCACCGGGCUUUUCGCGGAGUCCCUCGCGGCCCUGCUUUCCUGUGAAGUCGUCCGGGUUUACCUGUACGAUGAUAAAAACAACCUACACUGCUGCGCGACCUUUCCUUUUCACUCCAAACAAGGCGACCCGAUGCUCGCGACCUACGAGGAGAUCAUGCUCGUGAAGGACCUCCAUCAGACGAUCUGCGGGAAGUGCAUCGCGGUCAACGGCAAGGAGGCCACGAACGCGGCGUUAAAAGACAACGACCGCGUGCAAAUUCGGCACGAGUUGGCCUCGAGCGGGCUGGGCUCCAUCAGAAGCUGCCUUAUCUUUCCCAUCGUCUCCAGCGACCACCCCAACACCUCUUAUGGGAUGCUCCACGCCGUCAACAAGGUCUGCGCGCCGCCGGUGGAUGGCAAAAAAGGCGUCAAUUUCACGACGGACGAUGAACUUCUGAUGUCGAUGACCUCGCGCCUGCUCGGCUGUGUGUUGACUCGCUACCCGGUGAACUAUUUCUCCCUACGCGUCGGGAAAAAGAUCCGGCAGGCGGUUUUUCCCCUCGAGGAGGCGGAAAACCUCACCCACGCGCACCUCCGCGUUGGGCUUUUGGAGGAUUCGGUCGUGGAGGACGCCUCGGGGGUCGCCUCGCGCGCGAUGACGUCGAUGGAGCAAAUUAAAAUCCUCCGGGCUUCGGUCACCAACAUCUAUCAAACCUCCACCCACCGCCAGCGGCUUCGUCGGAUGGGAAGUUUGGGCCAUUUGAACACAACGCUGUCCUCUGUCGAGUUCAACCUCAACGUGAUGGGGGAGCUGUGGAAGACCGGGGUCACGGAGAACGUUAUGAUGCACCAACAAUACCGCGAGCUCGAGGAGGAGCUCAAAAAAACGAAACUUUUGCUCCACAACGUCUUGGACGGGCUGUCCUCCCUGCGGGCCUUUCGCGAUGCGGAGAAAAUGGCCCAGUACAUCCAGAUGUUGGAGCUCUACGCACGGAGCGAGAGUAUUGAUAUUUUGACGGAAUUCAUCCAUAACAUCAUCUGCGAGGAAGCCACCAAGGAGAGCUUUAAGAACGUCGACCCGCAGAACUCCACGGCGUUGUGGAGCGGCCAGACGUUUCUGCCCAAUGCCAGCUCCCUUGAGAAAGAUUCGAAAUCGUCCGGGGAUGUCGUACAGGCGAAUACCUUGGAUACCUCGCCUUUUCUGACAUCCACGGAGUUGAUCGAGCUACGUCGACAUCAUGAGCGUCUUAACGCAAAGGUGCCGUCUAAAAUUCACUUUGAUGGCCCAGGUGGCAUUCGAAGCUACUCCUGUGAUCCAAAGAAAAAGCGGGAGCAAAUACAGAUUAUCGAUGAAAUUAUGUCUAAAAGCACCGCGCUAAGCUCGACCAACGUUAGAGGGAAAUACCAAACACCAAGAAAUUCGAGCAAAAAAACAAUAUCGUCAUCGGGAACAAAACUUUCAAGCCCAUUUAGGACUGAAACCAGUACUUCUAGCCAACCUUUAUCUCAAACGGACUUUUCCUUAAAGCGACCGUUUCAACUGAAAUAUAAGUAG